AUGUCUUUAUGCGAGAUUCAAAGUGGUCAAUUGACAGGUAGAAUUUAUUCGACAUCAAAAGGAAUCCAUCAUGCAUCAUCAGAUUCAAUAAAAACUAACAAACAUCAAAAACUAACUUUAUUCUCAUGGUUUCUUUCGAUUUUUAAAGAAAUUUUUUUACCUACUGGCUAUCCAAAUACAGUAUCGAAUGAUUAUCUCGCUUAUCAAAUAUGGGAUACUAUUCAAGCAUUUGCAUCAUCGAUUACAAAUGCUUUAGCAUUUAGUGCUAUCUUAGAAGGACUGGGUGUUGGUGAUGAAAAAGCAUCGAUUCUUUCAGCGACAUUUGUUUGGUUAAUUAAAGAUGGGGUUGGAAUGUUAGGAAGAAUAAUGUUUGCUUGGUUUCAUGGCACAGGCCUCGAUAGUAAUUUGAAAAUGUGGAGAUUCUAUGCAGAUAUUCUUAAUGAUUUAGCUACAUCCAUCGAUUUAAUUGCUCCAUUUUUUAAACAGUUCUUAUUACCUCUGAGUUGUUUAUCUAAUUUAUGUCGUUCUAUUGUUGGAGUAGCUGGUGGAUCAACACGAGCUGCAUUAACACAACAUCAAGCAAUAGCUCAUAAUAUGGGUGAUGUAUCUGCGAAAGAUGGUUCUCAAGAAACACUUGUCAAUCUUUUAGCAUUAUUUGUUAAUAUAGUUUUAUUACAUACAAUUAAACGUGAUCGAAUGUUAGUAUGGUGUCUUUAUUUUAUAUUAACAACACUUCAUUUAUAUGCUAAUUAUAAAGCAAUUCGUACAUUAAAAUUACGUACAUUUAAUUGGAAUCGUUUUGUAUUAUUAUGUGAAAAUUAUUUUCUUACAAAAGAAAUUCAAACUGUGGAAUAUAUUAAUCGAAAGGAACCAGUUCUUAGAGAAAUUCAUCGACCAAUAUCAUGUUAUGCUGGUAUUCGAUUAAAUGAAAGUCAAGCUCAAUCGAUUGAUCUUAAUCAAUUUAGUCAAAAUCAUUUUGCUAUUUUAUACAGUCGACUUUCAAAACAAUUCAAUGUCUGUUUAACUGAUAAUUGUGAUGAUACAGAUUUAAUAAAAUGUUAUUUUAUUCUUCAAUAUCUUACUGAUCUACAUCAUUUCGAUCAAUACUUAGUUAUGUCAUCGAAUAUCUGUUGGAUAAAUGUCGAUAAAUUACAAACAGCAAUAGUUCCUCUCUAUCAAGAUUUCUUAUCGAAAGCAAAAGUCAUGGGUUGGGAUAUAAGUCAAGCGAAAUUUUUAAUUGACAAUUAUAGAUAUAUGUCGAAACAAAGUUAA